AGCGAGAGUCGUCCUCUGCUGCUCCGGAGGGCUCCCCGGCGGCCCUUGGGGCGACCCCUUUCCUCCCUUGGCGACCUCCCGCCCGGAGGACUGGCCUUGGCCGGGAUGAUCUUGCCCUCGGAAGGGCCCUCCUGGCCGGACCCUGAGACCUUCAAGCAUCAAAGGCAUAUAUGUACAUCUGUAUGCUUAGAAGGAAAGAAUGUGCAGCCUAGGAAUGUGUUCCUUGAGGAGCAGAACUUGAAUGGCGCUGGCAUUCCUCCUUUUGCAGAAGAAUCCCUUCUCUUGCUGAUAGUUAACUCUCUGAGCUUCCUUCGGUUCAGCAAAACCAAAACAGCCACAGAGUCCUGUGAAGAAAGGCAGGCCUUGCUUGGUGCUGCUGCUGCUGUUGUUGUUGUUGCUGUGCACCUUCAAGUCAUUUCCAACUAAUGGCGACCCUAACUCCCUCACAGCAGCCUUGGGUUUUGGGGUUGGCACUGAAGUAGUUAAGCACCCGCUUGGUGUGGCACUGAAGGAGUGGGCGUCUCAGGCCAAGAGGCUGCAGGCUUUGCCCAGGGCCGGGCUCUGUCCAAGAUGAGUUCCUCGUCCUUGUUGGAGGGCAGCUCCAUCGAUCCUCCGGUGCUGCUGAGCGACAUCAAGACAGAGCCGCCUGAGGAGCUGCUGGCCAGCGAUUGCAACCAGCCCCAAGCCGAGCCGGUGGACUUGUCCCUCAACAAAGCCAAGCCUCCCCUGCACCCGGCUCCCUCCUCCUCCUCCUCUUCCUCUUCCUCCUCCUUGUCUUCCUCACUGCCUUCCUCCGUCCGCUCCUCGCCCAUGCUUGCCACGCCACCCAUCCCAACCCCCUUGGUCUCCAUGACCCCCACGGGGCUGGGCUCCUCCUCGGCCAUCCCAGCCGUCCUCUCGCCGGGCUCCAUCCUCGCCUCCACCCAAGGCAGCAGUGGGCAGCAGAUCCUCCACGUCAUCCACACCAUCCCUUCGGUCAACCUGCCCAGCAAGAUGGGCAACCUCCAGACCAUCCCGGUGGUGGUUCAGUCCUUGCCUGUGGUCUACACCACGAUGCCCAGCGACGGUGUCACCGCGGCCAUUACAGUGCCCCUGAUCAGCGGCGAUGGGAAAAACACCGGAAUGGUGAAAGUCGACCCCGGUUCCAUCUGCUCCGUUGAUGGGAACAGCGACAGUGAGACCAGUGCCUCGGAGAGCGGCCCCCCGUCCUUCCCGGACCUCCAGAGAGAACAUUCGACCAGCCGAAUGCAAUGGACAGAUUCCCCAGACCUCAAGAAGCGGCGGAUCCACCAGUGUGACUUCGACGGCUGCAAUAAAGUUUACACAAAGAGCUCACACUUGAAAGCACACAGAAGGAUACACACAGGAGAGAAGCCCUACAAGUGCACCUGGGAGGGCUGCCCCUGGAAGUUCGCCCGCUCCGAUGAGCUGACCCGGCAUUUCCGCAAGCACACAGGCAUCAAGCCUUUCCGUUGCUCGGACUGUGACCGCAGCUUCUCCCGCUCUGACCACUUGGCCCUGCACCGCCGGAGGCACAUCAUGAUGUGAGGAGGCUGACCCCAGUCCUGUCCACCCCCCCAGUCCGGCCACUGGAGGAGGAGGAGAGCUGCCCCCCAGUGACCCGUUGGACUCUCGCCCAAUUCUUGCCUUUGCUGCAAAUGGAUGGAGCCAGCAUCGAAAGAGCCUCCCCUCCCACCCUGGUCCUUGCCACUGCACCAAAUGAGCCAGAGGGUCAUCCUUCCGUUGGCUUCUUAGCUUUGCAUCGUGGGGCAAAGAAGGUGUCUUUUCUUGGGGAUGUCUGGCAAUGGGGCAGGGGUGGGGUGGGGGGUCUGACCAGAGGGGCAGAUGGUGGGUCUCCAGAGGUCCAAGCCAGAUUGAUGUCUUGUUGGCUAGAAUGGACGUUGUUUGGCUCAGGCAAUGGCUCCUGCAGAAAGAUGGAUGUGAAGAAACCUGACCCUCACCCUACUCCUAAUUUCUCUGUGACGGAAAAAGGUGCAGAUUUGCAGGAGUACCUGGUCCAUAUCUGCACUUCUGCGGUGGAAAAAGGUGCAAAUCUGCAGAGGUGCCUGGUCUCCACCUCUUUUCUGUGUGGUUACCUGGUCCGUAUCUCUCCCUAUAGCUGACCCCAGGGACGUUUGAGGAGUUCAAGCUUCCUCCUCUGAGCGCCGAAAACAUUCCCAUUGAACUGCGAAGCACUUGGGAAAAGCAUAAUUGAGUUUUGAUGUACAAGUGCCGAAACAAGAGUCUGCACUGGAAAUUGGGCUUGGAAUCAAUCCAUCGUUGGAUGCUCAGAAAUUCAGGACGGGGUUUGCCUGACUUGAUUCAAGUAUGGGUUUUUGCAGGCAGAGGCAGACCCUUCAACUUCGGACAUUUGUACCCCUUCUCCUGACUAUGAAAAGACUUGAUUUCAUCAAAUUGUGUUGCCAAAUUUGACGGCAAGAUCCCAUUUUUAAAAAACUAUGAAAUUCUGUUGAUCUUUGAGAAGUGUGUGUGUGUGGAUAUGUAUGCAAGAUGGAAAGAGAGAGAGGUGGGAGGAUGACUGUUUUUAAUUUGGUCUGAUUCAACCUGCGAUGGGCCUGAUCCCAUUACAGACUGAUGCAUUUUUCCCUGUUAGUUUUUUGGGGGGUGGUUUGCAAAAAGGUGGCACAUCGUUUGUUUUAGGGUGGAUGACAACCAUGGGAAGCGGGGUGCGGAAACAAGAAAAAGGGAGGACUUUUGCGGAACGGAGAACUGUGACGACAACUCAGAUGUGAGGCGUGUUUCAGUGGGUUUCUAAAUUCUGGGUACAAUGUUGGGGUGGACAAGAUGGAUGGAUUCUCCCAACUUGGUGACCUGCACAGAAAUGAAUUUGGGAGUGUGUUUCGGGGCGGGUGGGUUACGUAUCCCUCUGCAGAGAGGAACCGGAUCCUGGCAGAAGCCUUGGAAGCACAGCAUUCGAACUUGGUUUACAAUGAAGGUCCAAAGAACUGCCGGGAUCCCAUUUAAAUCACAGACACCUGUUGGGAUUUUUAAACCUUCUUUUUGCUCCUCUUUCCCUGCUUUUGGGGAAGUCAAAUAUGAACAUGGUUUUCCAAAAACUC